AUGACCACAGUGAAUGAUUGCUUGAGCCUCGUCAAGACAACCUUUCAACAACUCUCUUUCCAACAACGUCACUCAUUCCUCACUGAUCUUCUCAACUGUUGUGAUACACAGCUUCUUCAUUACAUUCAGCAAUUCAUCUCUCCUAAACUUAAAGUGGAUUUCCUCAAAUAUUUGCCUAUUGAGAUUGCCCUACAUGUUUUAUCUUUUAUUGAUGAUCCUCGGACCUUAACCAGAGCCUCGCAUGUGUCAAAGUACUGGCAUGCUUUAUUGACAGAUGAUUCACCAUGGAAAGCACUGUGCUUCAAACAUAAAUAUUACCAACAGUACUAUUGUAAAACUCUUUCAUCCUCUUAUAGAGAGUUUUUUCGAAGAAAAUAUAAUAUUGAUAUGGCAUGGAAUCUAGGAGGAGGAAAGAUGACGCAUUGUGAACGAAAGGAAAGUCAAAUUCUGGUGACGACGCUAAAAAUGGACGACACCUAUAUUAUAGUAGGCUACAAUAACCAUUGCGUCGACAUCUAUGAUGCUCAAAACGCGGCUUUCAUCCGCACACUCGAGGGUCAUGAAGGAGGUGUAUGGGCUCUGGAUUUCAUGAAGAUUGGAGAAGAGACUGUAUUGGUUACGGGGGGAUGUGAUCGAACAGUGCGCGUAUGGAAUCUUUCCACUGGAGAAUUGCUUCAUAUUUUAGAAGGACAUGUGUCUACUAUCCGCUGUCUCGCUCUUCGAAAGGGCCCAACAGCUACUUCUACAGAUGACAACAAUCAACCCAACAUUGUCGUCACAGGCUCUAGAGAUACCUCCUUACGCAUUUGGAAUAUUGAUAGCGGUGAACUGGUUCACUUAUGCACAGGUCAUCAGAAUAGUGUGCGUUGUCUUGCCAUUCAUGGAGACUACGUUGCUUCCGGAUCCUAUGAUACCACGGCCCGUCUAUGGUCUCUUAUAACCGGUGACUGUGUACACGAGUUGGUUGGCCAUCAUUCCCAAAUCUACGCUAUUGAGUUUGACGGUCAACGUGUCAUUACAGGAUCACUCGAUUCUAAUAUUCGUGUCUGGUCACCUAUUGACGGUACGUGUUUAGCCACGUUAAAAGGACAUACAUCCGUUGUGAAUCUGCUACAUCUUAAUUAUCCUACACUGGUCAGUGGCGGCGGAGAUGGUUGUAUAAGAAUCUGGAACCUUUCAACAGAUAGCGACAACAACAACAACAACAACAACAACAACAACAACAGCAACAAGUACGAAUGUCAGCAUAGGAUUUCAGCCCAUGAUAAUUCAAUGACGUGCUUUGCUGUUGAUGAUAAGAGGAUAUUGAGUGGUGGACAGGAUGGACGGGUCAAGCUAUGGGAUCUAAAACGAGGCACGCUGAUUAGAAAUUUUACAGAGCCUGGAAAAACAGUAUGGAGAUUGCAAACAACAGAGACAAAAGCCGUAGUGGUUUUGAAAAGAGAGGUGGAAGCGACUGCUGUUGCUGCGCUGAAUGAUGAUGAGCCUCUUUUAGAAAAUAUCAUGCCACCGUGUAAAGUGGUGAUUGAAUUGCAUAAUUUUGAUGCAGAAAACUGUUCUGGUGAGGACACUCGAGCCACACUUUAA